GCCGGCUCCAGCUUGAGGCUCCGGUGGCACCACUUGUACCUCGCGUGCUCGCUAGAAUCCCGAGCAGUCAUUCAGUCAGUCAGUCUGUCAGUGGCGAUCAUUCGUCGGGCUCGCAGCAGCGUCUGCCCUCUUUCUUUCUCGUGUUGUGCUUUGGAUUUCAACGCAGAGGCUGUGAACGGUUUUUGUGCAGAGGUUGAGAGAAGAAGGUCGAAGGGAAGGGAAGGGAAGAGAAGGGUUGGAGUUUGGGUCGGUCGAGAGGGAAGAAUUUCUUGGUCCCGGCGCCUCUUCGUCGUCGGUCUUGGGUUGGUGGGCGAGCGUUUCUGCUGCGGCCAGCCGUCCGUCGCCAUGGCGGGCCGGGGUGGGAAUUUCAUCGCGCGCGUCAUGCAGUACGUGGUGAACGAGCUUCUUGUGGAUCGUCUUGCCAACAACCAGAAUUUCCAGAGAUUCGCCGUGCGAUCGUCGAAAGCCAUCGAGGAGCUGGCGGAGAAGGGAGCCCAGAAGAAGGCCGAACUGGCCGAGCAAAUGAAGGAGAUUACGGAGACGUUCAGUAAUGAGAUUUCCAAGAGCUUGAAAGACGGCGGCCCUCCGGACAAGCGAAGACAUUGAGUGCCAGGAAUCGUGAUUUGAAGUCGAUGGAUCUCAUAGUCUCGAGCGAACAACUCUGGAUUCUUCGAAGUUCGCGGUCGCAGAACAUUGUACUCCACUUCACUAGACAAGUAUGAGAAAAAGAUUUCACCCACCCUCGUGAUACAUCACCCAAGCUUUCUCCCGCGAAUGAAAUUGGAGGAGUGCGCAAGGGAGGUGUGCGGGCUGAGCGCAGGAAGGAAGACGGGGAAAGUGAAUUUUCGCGACCUUGAGGAAGAAACCCGACCAGGAACGUGUAUAUACAUAAGGAGUGAGAUUUAGAUUUUAGAUUUCGCCUUUUAACAGUGGGAAAGAACUCAAGUAUAAAAUCUGGGGAUUGCAAGUUGCAUUAGUCUCCAGACAUAUCUGGAAACUGGAGUGACUGUAUAACACUCCUUGGGUCGUGCAGUUUGCCUCCAGGUUCAAGUGGAUGUUUUAGCCCUUGGAUGGUGAAGUUUGUGAAAUACUAUACUUGAAUUUGGUAUUUGAAUGCUUACUUUCUCUCCAUUCU